UAUUUUCUCCAGAUUUCUCCAACCAAGGACUCCAAGUUGUCUCGCGCAUCAACUCACCUAUAGCGGUUCAUUUUCUGCACAGGGAACCGUGGUUUGAUGGCGACUGAAGAAGGUGAGACUAAUGGCACUGCAACUGAAGGGGGCUUAAUUCUGCGGCCCGUGGCAUCAUCUGAGUACGGUGAAGGAUUGCCUUAUGCCCCCGAAAAUUGGCCGAAUCCCGGUGAUAUUUGGGGUUGGAAAGCCGGUAAAAGAAUUCACCCCUCCGGUUACUUCAAGGACAGGUACCUUUAUCUUCCGGAUCAUCUAAACCGCACCGAUAAUUCAGGCUCCAGCAGCAAGCGCAGACGUAUUUUCGCCAGCAAGCAGUCCUUUGAACGCUACAUUCAAGAAUCUUUUCCUGACACUGAUCUAAAUGCGCUCUUCGCUUCUUUCAGCUGGAAAAUUUAUGCCACUGAGUCUGCCACCCUAAAGGAGCAACAUUCUAUAGCUGCAGAAGAUAUAGAAGCAGAAGAAGAUUCACAUUCUGAUUGCCAGUCUGACAUUGCUGUAUGUCAAGCUAGAAACAAGAAUUGUGACAGCCUAACAUCAGCAGUAGAAAAAGCAAAAUAUUUACCCGACCUGCCUUGUGAUAUUUUCUGUAAUAAACCUGGUUUUUGCCAUGAUUGUUGCUGCAUUCUUUGUUGCAAAACUGUUGAUUCAACAUAUGGAGGCUAUAGUUACAUCAAGUGUCAAGUGAAGGUUGGUGACUACAUAUGUGGACACAUUGCUCAUGUAUAUUGUGCUAUUCGAUGUUACAUGGCUGGAACAGUUGGAGGAAGUGUUGGGUUGGAUGUGGAGUACCUUUGCCGGCACUGUGAUGCAAGAACUGAUCUAAUUUCUCAUGCCACUGAGCUUCUAGAAAAAUGCAAAACUAUUGAUUCGAGAGAUGACAUUGAAAAGAUCUUAAAUCUUGGUGCAAGUAUCUUGCGUGGUUCACAGAGAAUGAUUGCAAAGGAGCUGCUUAAUCGCAUUGACUUGGCCAUUUCAAAGCUUCAAUGUGGGACUCUUCUCGAAGAUAUUUGGAAGGCGGAUGAUGACGAUUCCUUACAAAAUGCAGCUUUCUUAGAUGAUGGCAAUGAAAUGAAAGUUGCAGCUAAUGAAAGCCCUUCAGUAGUCACAACAGGGACAGAAAAUAAUGGUUAUCCGCCUAAGCCUGACUUGUCGAAACUUGAAGAUGAAAUCCAUCAAGUUCUCCAAGCGCUGCGAAAGUCACAGGCUUUAGAAUACAGCAUAGCAGAAGAAAUACUCCAUGGGAAGAAGCGUUAUCUCCAAAACCUGUAUCAGCAACUGGAGAGGGAGAAGUCUGAAUCAGCAUGUCAACUCUCAUCUCAUUCUAACGUCUUGUCGGAUGCAGUUAGCAGGAGGAUGGAACAGAUAAGACAGGAAACGAUGAAACUUGAAGACAUGAAACAGUGCUGCAGGACAUGAGACAUUACACGGUGCAGGGGAUAGAGGCUUCAAGGUUUGUGAAGGGAGGUAGUGGUGACUCGUGAAUUGGUGAUGUGACAGAGGAUGCUAGAAGAAAUAGUAGGGUAGAGAGAAAAUGCAUGAGGUAUGUGAGCCAUUGAGAUAUGAAGAGGGUGAGGGACGAAGCACGUGGCAUUAAAAAAUUGUGGAUUUUUCCUCUUUGAGAUCUUUUUUCCCGUUCUGUUCUCUGCUUUUUUUCCUCUCUAAAGUUGCUAUAAAAACCCUGUGUUAUUCAUCUCCUUCUGCCAUUAUCUUCCGAGCUUCUGUUGUGUUCUGCUAUUGUUUUUGCUGUGAAUGGCCCCAAGUGUCACACACUUUCUUUUAUAUUCCAGUCUUGUGAUUUUCGAUAUAAUAACAAAAUGUAUGGCACUUUAAGCGUAAUGUCCAAUGGAUGUAUUAUAUUGAAAUUCACAAGCUUGGAUUAUAAAGUAUGUGUAUAGCAUUUUAGCGGCAAUAUCACAGCAAAAGGAACAAAUCACUAAAAAAGAGAGGCACCCAAGAGAAUAGCGGAAGAGUAAAGUGAACUGAAAGAAUGGCUCAAGGAGGAUUAUCAGAUUAUUAUAUUGAAGAACAGAUCAUUAUAACUUUGCUUUGUCAUUCUAUUUAUUUAUAUCUCAACGGCUUCCACACCUCGUGCGCUUUGCCAUUUUCACUCUCA